AUGGGUGCAAAGGUUGAAACUAUCCUCCAGUCCUUGACACUAGAGGAGAAGAUAUCCCUUCUUGCUGGAAAGGACUUUUGGGAGACAGUACCUAUACCGGACAAGGGCGUCCCCGCCAUUAAAACGAGCGAUGGACCAAACGGAGCCCGAGGCGAAGUGUUUACAGGAGGUACACGAGCUGCAUGUUUUCCUGCAGCUGUAUGCUCAGCUGCGACGUGGGACCCUACAAACGCAAAGCGGAUAGGUCAUGCUUUGGCAGAGGAGACCAAGACCAAGAGUGCGAGAGUGCUUCUGGCGCCCACCAUGUGCAACCAUAGGCAUCCUCUUGGUGGCCGCAACUUUGAAUCUUUCUCCGAAGACCCCUAUCUUGCGGGCAAGAUGGCUGCAAACGUUGUCAGCGGACUGCAAGAGAAAGGUAUUGCGGCGACUAUCAAGCACUUUGCAGCCAAUGAGCAGGAGACGGAUCGUUUAAAGGUCAACGAGAUUGUUUCUGAGCGUGCCUUGAGAGAAAUUUACAUGAAGCCUUUCGAGAUUACUAUCAAGGAGGCAAAUCCACUCGCUGUCAUGACAGCGUACAACAAGGUUAACGGAACCCACGCAGAUUCCAACGAGUUUCUCCUCAAGCAAGUUUUGCGUGGCGAAUGGGGAUGGGACGGGCUUGUUAUGAGCGACUGGGGUGGUGUCAACUCUACAGCUGAUUCACUAAAUGCUGGAUUGGAUCUAGAGAUGCCUGGUCCAACGAGGUGGCGGAGCCCUGAUGCUGUCCUUGAGGCUGUCAAGAAGGGGCAAGUCACUGAAGCCACCAUCACCGAGCGAGCGAGAAACGUCCUGAAACUCAUCGAGAAGGUUGGUGCAUUCGAGAACCCGGAGAUUCCCCCCGAGCAGUCCAUCGUCGAUCCAAAGCAUAGUAAGCUUAUCCGGGAUGUUGCAGGCCAGGGCAUCACUCUCCUGAAGAACGAUGGCGUCCUGCCACUCAAGAGAGAAGAGGUCAAGGGCAAGACAAUUGGCCUGUUUGGUCUGGCGAAAGAGGCUCUUAUUCAUGGUGGUGGAAGUGCUUCUUUGAACGCUCACUACCGCAUCACUCCUGAAGAAGGCCUCAAAGCUGCUUAUGGCAACGAUGUGGAAUUCAAGUUUGCCAAGGGCGCCGCUACAUAUCGACUCAUCCCGCCCCUAUCCAAAGGCUGCAAAGAUCUUGAGGGAAAACAUGGCUGGACGAUGGAACUGUUCAACAAGGGCAACACCAGCAAGCCCACCAAGACUAAGCACGGCAAUAAAGAAGCUGCGUUUACUCCGUUGCUCGAACAGAGUGCCAAGGAUAGUGAGGUCAGAUUUACUAGUAUGUUUACGCCUACGGAGUCUGGCUCGCACUACUUGGGUUGCUCAGGCAUCGGCCCCACAGUCGUACAUGUCAACGACAAGCUCGUCUAUGAGCAGAAGCACAACUCUCCGGACCCUAUGGGCUUUCUCUUUGGCGGCAACCCCGAGAAAGAGUUUCGUGUAUCGUUUACCAAGGGCGAAUCUUACAAGAUCCAGGUUCACUCAAAGCCACCCGCCGGCGAUUCAGACGAAGGUAUUCUCUCGGGUCUCCCAGGUUUCAGACUGGGAUUCAUGUACGAGGAAGAGCACGAUCUAGACAUGGCCGCAGAAGCCAAAGACCUCGCAAAAGAAUGUGACAUCGCUAUCGUCUUCACCGGCCACACACCAGUCUGGGAAACCGAAGGCCAAGAUCAAGUCAGCUUCAAUCUACCACGCGAAGGUUCACAAGACAAGCUCGUCGAAACAGUCGCAUCUGUCAACUCAAAGACCGUCGUCGUAAACUCAACGGGUGUAGCCGUCGCUCUUCCCUGGCUGAGCAAAGUUUCUGCCUUGAUACAAGCAUGGUUCCCCGGCCAAGAAGCCGGUAACGCUAUCGCAGACAUCAUCUCCGGCGCCGUGAACCCUUCCGGACAUCUUCCAAUAUCCUGGCCCAAACGCAUCGAGGACGCGCCUGCGCAUGGCAACUUCCCUGGCACGCGGGAUGAUAAGGGUCAGCUCACCGUUAGGUACGACGAGGGCAUUUUCGUAGGAUACAGGCACUAUGACCGUAUCGCCGCAGACAAGAUCCACUUCCCCUUUGGCUUUGGUCUAUCGUACACGACAUUCGUCCUCACCGACGCACGUGUACCUCAGUCAUCGCCCGAACAGUUUGCGCCUAGUGUUGAGGUCACAAACAUAGGUGAUGUUGCUGGUUCUACCGUCGUCCAAUUGUAUAUCGGUAGGAAAGACCAAUCGGCUGAGCAUCCUGUCAAAACAUUGGCGGCUUUCAAGAAGAUUUACUUGGAACCCCGCUCGCAAGCGAUAGUGCAGCUUGAAUGUGCGAACAAGGACUUUGCCUACUUCGAUGAGGCGAAGGGGAAGUGGACUGUUGAUCGAGGGCAGUAUGAGUUUUCGUUUGGGCAGAGUGCGGGGCAUAUUGACCACGUUGUUACUGUUGACGUAGAGGGAUCAAGGGAUUUGAAGUUGUAG